CAAAGUUUGUAGACAUCGUACAUAUCCUAAAGCUGCCAUGUGGAACGCUUUGAGAACUCAAACUAUCAGGCUUGACAGAAGGCAAUACGAAGCACUGGCGCGCCAAAAAUGUUUAAAACCUGAAACAGAUAUCUUCUAUAUACGGACAUCGGGCUGUCAUUUUCAAACGCUUGCACGUAAAAGAAGCGUAACUGGCUAUUACUCAAAUGCCGCUUGCAACAUAAAAAACAAGCUAUGCCGUCUAUUUUCCAAAUCGUCAUAUACGCCAUUAACAGAUGAGCAAAAGCUUCAAAUUGGUUCUAAAGUGUCGGUUGUUCUUGAACCAGAUGCCGAUACUAGUUCCUUGAAACGCACGCAUUAUUGUGGCCAACUGAAUAGAGAAAAUCAAGCCCAAAAAGUAGUCCUCUUAGGCUGGCUUAGUUCUGUGCGCAUACUCUCUCACACGUUAGGAUUUAUAACAAUACGAGAUUGCACUGGAAUGAUUCAGGCCAAAUUUGACUCCAGUUCUACGCAACAAAAAGGGGCGAUCGAAGACCUAAAACGAAUACCAUUAGAAAGCGCUGUGUGUGUACAUGGAGUCGUAGCCCAAAGACCUGAUAACAUGGUCAACAAAACAAUGUGUACAGGAGAUAUCGAAAUAUGCGGUACAUGCAUUCAAGUGAUCAAUUUGGCUACAUCUAAUAUGCCACUCCCAUAUUACCGCAAAAAAAUAGAUGUUGAAUCUGAGGAACUAAAAUUGAAGCACAGAUACCUAGAAUUAAGACAACCCUAUUUACAAAAAAAUAUUCGUUUAAGGAGCCAUGCUAUGCAGGUCAUUCGAAAAUUUUUGAUUUGUCAUAGUUUUUGUGAAAUCGAAACACCUACUCUAUUUCGAAAGACCUCUGAGGGCGCUCGAGAAUACUUAGUACCUACCAGAACAGCUGGAAAAUUCUACACUUUGACACAAUCGCCGCAGCAAUAUAAACAAUUAUUGAUGGUAGCUGGAUUCGAAAAAUAUUUUCAAAUUGCUCGGUGCUACCGCGAUGAAGAUCUGAGAGCCGAUCGACAGCCAGAAUUCACUCAAAUUGACAUGGAACUCUCAUUUGUCCAAAAAGAAGAGGUGAUGAAUAUUGUAGAGGGAUUGAUAGCGGAAAUUUGGAAAGAAUGCUUAAAUGUAACGAUUUCUGUCCCAUUCAAGAGAUACACUUAUAGAUGGUGUAUGGAGAAUUAUGGAUCGGAUAAGCCUGACAUCAGAUUUGGCUUUCGUAUCCAAAAUGUGACUCGUCUUUUUAAAGACUGCGCGUCUGAUUAUUCGAAAUCUAUUCGUGCACUGAACCUAGGCCAAGUAGCAAAUGUGCUAACGAAAAAGCAACUGACUAAAAUUAGAAAGGAAGGCGAAAAGAUGGAUAAGGGAGUUCACAUAGCCAUUCUGCAUGCAGAAGAUAGCGAGUUGAAAGGCGACAGACACCAUUUUUCUUCAGAAGGACUCAGUCUUUUAAAAGAUGAAUUGGAAUUACAAGAUGGUGAUGUCGUUUUCUUGAUCUCCGGAGAGGGUGAAUAUCCUUUGCAAAUACUCGGUAAGAUAGCGACGUGGGCUAAAGAAGUAUUGAUUGAAAAAAAAGUGUUAGAUUUACCAAAAAAUCAGUACGAAUUCUUUUGGGUUGUCGAUUUUCCUCUUUUUUAUAGAGAUGGCAAGAACAUGGUUCCAAACCACCACCCAUUCACGGCACCAUUGGAAGAGGAUGCAAUUCUUUUGAAGAAUCAGCCAGAGGAAGUAAGGGGGCAGCAUUAUGACCUUGUUUUGAACGGGUAUGAAAUUGCCGGGGGAUCGAUUCGUAUACAUAAAAAAGAGGACCAGAUUGUUAUAUUAAAAGACAUCUUGAAGCUGUCUUCAGAAAAAUUAGCGGAGUUUCAACACUUGUUGGAUGCGCUGGAUUGUGGAUGUCCACCUCAUGGAGGCAUAGCGAUUGGAUUUGACCGGUUAAUGGCCGUUAUGGUGAACGCUAAGUCAUUGCGUGAUGUCAUUGCCUUUCCUAAAUCAAGCAAUGGAACAGAGUUGAUGACGGGUGCACCAGCAGAACUAGAAAAAGGUGAUCUGAAUGAAUUAUAUGAACGACUUAGUAAAGUAGCGACGAAGAAAGAUGAAAACAUGAAAAUUUAAUAGAAAUGCCUCAGAACAUGAAUUCUGAGAUCAAAUGAACUGUGAAAGGGAUAACAUGGUACAAAAAAAUGAACAUAAUUUACGUACAGAAAAAAUUAACAUUACUCGAGGUGCGAACGAUGCAGUGGCUUUUGUAAGAAAAACUUGUCUAGACUGUUUAGAAGUGUAGACACUUUUAAACGAAAAUGAUCGAUACAUGCUUGUCUGGAGGCGUAAGCAGGAGGCCAGAUAAAUGAGAAAAGGAAGAUGAAAUACGUCAAAUAUAUGCCAGGGACACGACUGCCAAUGAACGAUAGCAUAAUCAUGAAAAUAAUUGUACGGAAGGCAAGAUGCAAAUUAGUGGCAUAAAGAAUGUCGAGUAAAAAUCUUUGGACGAGUUUAAGCAUAGCGAGCACAAAUGCGUUUUGAGCUGCGAUUGUAUAUGGAGAAGUUUUGAGUUCGAAGGACUGCAGAUAUUGCCUAAAGGUCGAAAAAAAUAAGGUUGAGUAUACAUUCGCGGACUGUAUAAACGCGAAAUUAUUAAACAGUGCAUACAUAAGAGGAUGUGGAUGGUUUCGUGCUUCCCAAAAUUUAACGUAAAUAAGCGAGAAUAGUAUCGACGUAAAUAGAAUGCGAGCAACUAGUGUCAUGACGGAGUACUCGAAAAAUAUUAUAAGGAUAAAGAAUGAGUUUCCAGAGAUAAACACCAAAGCAGAAUACGAGGGGUUAUCCCAGUGAAAAAGUUUAGCAACUAAGGCGAUGUUAGAUUAAACGUGUAAUAAAGGUUUUUUUUUGAAUGCUUACAAAAA